AUGUCAAUUGCAACGAAAAGCGACGGAGAGGCCACAGGAAACUUCUCGUUGGUGGCGGCACAUUCGCAUAUCACGGGACUCGGACUGGAUGACCAGCUUCAGCCGCGCGAGAACAGCCAGGGCAUGGUUGGCCAGUUGAAGGCAAGAAAGGCUGCUGGUGUGAUUUUGAAGAUGAUUCAGCAGGGAAAGAUUGCCGGUCGUGCAAUGUUGAUUGCUGGACCGCCUUCAACAGGAAAAACGGCUAUUGCUAUGGGAAUUUCGCAAAGUUUGGGCAGUAACGUUCCGUUCACCGCGAUUGCAGGAUCGGAGGUGUUUUCCAGAGAGAUUUCCAAGACAGAGGCUUUGAAUCAGGCGUUCAGAAAAAGUAUAGGAAUUCAGAUCAAGGAGGAGACCGAAGUGAUCGAGGGAGAGGUUGUGGAGAUCCAGAUCGAUAGAUCUCUGACUGGAGGUCACAAGCAAGGAAAAUUGACUAUUAGAACCACCGACAUGGAAACCAUCUACGAAUUGGGAAACAAGAUGAUCGAUGAACUGACAAAGGAAAAAGUGAUUGCGGGAGAUGUGAUUUCCAUCGACAAAUCUAACGGUAAGAUUGCCAAGCUGGGACGUUCGUACACCCGUGCUAGAGACUACGAUGCCAUGGGACCAGACACCAAGUUUGUUUCUUGUCCUGAAGGAGAAUUGCAAACCAGAAAAGAGGUUGUUCACACGGUGUCGUUGCAUGAGAUUGACGUGAUAAACUCGAGACAACAGGGCUUUUUGGCUCUUUUCAGUGGAGACACUGGAGAGAUCCGGUCUGAGGUCCGUGACCAGAUCAACCUGAAGGUUGCCGAAUGGAAAGAGGAAGGAAAGGCCGACAUUGUUCCUGGAGUUCUGUUCAUCGACGAGGUGCACAUGCUGGACAUCGAAUGUUUUUCGUACAUCAACAGAGCGUUGGAGGACGAUUUUUCGCCGAUUGUGAUUAUGGCCACCAAUAGAGGUAUUUCGAAAACCAGAGGAACCAAUUACAAGUCUCCGCACGGACUACCAUUGGAUCUGCUUGACCGGUCGAUCAUUAUCCGGACCGAGAGCUACCAAGAGGACGAGAUCAAGAGUAUUUUGUCUAUCAGAGCGCAAGAAGAGGAGGUGGAGCUGAGUGCGGACGCGUUGAGUUUGCUCACCAAGAUCGGCACGGAAACCUCGUUGAGAUACGCCGCAAACCUGAUCUCUGUGAGUUACCAGAUCGCGAAAAAGAGACGUGCCGACACCGUUGGAUUGGACGAUGUCAAAAAGAGCUACAUGUUAUUCAUUGACAGUGCACGUAGUGUGCAGUUUGUUGAGGAAAACAGCCACCAAUAUGUUGACGACGAGGGCAAUGUGGACGUGAUGGACGUUGGAGCAUGA